AUACUUCGGUUAAGCGGAGCUAGUGUUGUUUGGCGCAUGGCGCUUAUUGUUUGUGUUUAUAUCUGUCAACUGCUAUUUAAUUGUUUAGAUGUUAAAAUUAGAGGAUAUAUCACUGGGACACUCAGAUCUCAAUCAAAUUAAAUAUUAUGAUGAACCUGCCUCUGAUUUAGGAGUCAUGGAUUUUUACAUAACGGAUUCCUUGCAUGACAUAUUAGACCAUGAUGUUCGUUCGGACUUUGCAUUAUUGGGAGGAUCAGGAGAUGUGCCUCUUAGCCUGUUUAGUGAUCUGACACCUCUGGAACUUGAUAUGCAAACUGGCUCUAAAUACAACUAUUAUAAUGGGCUUGAUGAUGAUAACUUAAUUCACAAUUUAGAUCUGAGCGGGAAUGAUAGUGAUGUUAUGAUGGUAGACCCAAGUUCUGUUAUGCCAGUUUUGUAUUCUGAAGUUCGGCCUGUCAAGUCCAGGUUUGGAAUCCUGAACAACAGUUUAGACUCACCUAUGUCGUCUCCAGAUGCAAAGAAUCAUCUAACAUUUUCACCGAAAAGUGUGAAGAUUUCAGCAACAAAGACUUAUGAAAGAUCAACAUCUAAGUCAGUUGUGAAAGAUCUUCACAUGUCGCAAGAAGAUUUCUCUUCAGACCUAAUUAAUAAAAAGAAAAUUACACUCCAUAGUCCCACAACGAAAGUGAAUGUGAAACCUACCAUUAUAAAAAAUAUUGACAAAAGUCAAAUCAAUGAUAGCUUUAUGAGCCAAACAAUAGAAUCACUAAAUUCUCAACCUAGGAUCAGUACCUCUACACCAGUACGAAAUGAAAUUUAUCCCAAGCCUGCUUAUUCAUAUUCAUGUUUGAUAGCUUUGGCAUUAAAAAAUUCUCAGUAUGGAUGUUUACCUGUAUCAGAGAUCUACAGUUUUAUGUGUGAACAUUUCCCAUACUUCAAGACUGCUCCUAAUGGCUGGAAGAAUUCAGUUCGACACAAUCUUAGCUUGAACAAAUGCUUUGAGAAAAUUGAAAAACCAGCUACCAGUGGCAGCCAGAGAAAAGGUUGUUUAUGGGCAAUGAAUCCCUCUAAAAUCGAGAAGAUGGAUGAAGAAGUCCAAAAGUGGUCAAAGAAAGAUCCUAUGGCUAUUCUGAAAGCUAUGAUAUAUCCAGAACACCUUGAAGCUUUGGAACGAGGAGAUAUGAAAAAAGUAGGAGAUGAAAAUUUUGCGGUUGAUUAUGAUGAUGAAGAAAACAUUGAAGGUGUUGAUAGUGAUCUUGAAAUUGAACCUUAUGUGGAAGUUGAAGCAGAUACACACAGUUCUGAUGAUGACAGCCCUUGGCAGUUCACCACUUUGAAUGAUUUUGCACUAAAAAACUUCAAUUUAACGGAGGCAGCUUUAGCUGAGUGGCCCAAGGAUGAUGGUCUCACAACAAGACUUGUGCAAAAGACUCGAUUGGUUAAGUAA